AUGUUUAAUGAACGUACAUUUGGUCAGGCACUUGCUGCAUUUCUUAUCGUUUUAUCAUUGAUAGCAUUAAUGACUCUGAUAUACUUUUUACUGGAAGAUAUUAUCAAAGAGCGAAUAGAACCACAUCCACUUAGCGGAUUUAAAUCCUAUGAAGUUCGAGAGUUCAGUUCUGUUAGCCGUCAACCGUCAAUACACAGUGAGGCAGCUGUGCCAAUUCCUACUCCCACUCCGUUGACACCACAACCACGUCUUCCAACACCUCCGAUUCCUACACCACCUAGAAAAGAAUCAAUAUCAGCUAUAGUCCAGAAGCCUGUUGUCGAUGUGAACAAAGUUCGUCAAGAACUUCUACUUGCAAUUGAUCAAAGAACAAUCGAACGUUUGGAAAAUGCUAUUCAGCAAGUAAAAGACAACAAUUUCACACAAGAAUUAAAAUAUGAAUAUGAGCGUGCAUUAGAAGUACUGAGUCGAUUGAUGAAAAUUGAACAAAUGAAGAUUAAAGUAUUGAGACUAAAUCAAGCAACAAUAGCAGAAUUACAUAGUUAUACAAAACCACCAGAAGAAGUUCCUACGGUGAUGAAAGCAACAUUUUUACUUUUGGGUCAUUCAGAAAAAGAUUUACAGGACUGGUCCCAGAUACAAAAUCUUCUUGGUCGAUUAGGGCGAGAGAGUGUGAGAAGACGAUGUUAUGAAUUAAAUCCAUUGGGAAUACCGGUUGACAAAGCACGAGAAGCAAAAGCAAUUUUAAGAAAUUACGAUUUACUACGAGUUAGUGAAAUAUCCGUGGGUUUAUCAGCGUUUUACAGUUGGGCAGCGACAAUGAUUGAAGAAAGAGAAAAGUUGCUGGAAUCUCAGCGUCGAAUUCGAUAG